GGUGAUUCGCAUUGUAUUCCAUUUUUAGAAAAGGUUGAAUUUUCUAGCUUUCUUUCUCUAUCUUAAACACCUGGACACCCGUCAGUUUGAAUAAACGCUCCUAACCGAGGGUCGGUCACCAUGGCGGUCAGGAAGACUUGUUUUCGUCUGUUAUCCUGUGGAUUACUUUUCGCGUUUGGCACUGCCCUUGGCGUGAUUGGCAUGACGUUUCUGAAGGAAGUGCUGCCUUCACACCAAUUUUUGAUGAAUACUACCAUUUUUCAAAACUACAGGAUCAGAUCAACUGGAACAAAUGAGGUCCGGGGAGAAAAUUUCAAUUCGUCGGAAGUUGAACGGAUAAGAAAGUGGGUUAUGACGUACUUCAACCCCGACACAGACCUCACCAUAAAGAAGUCUCAUGUCCGUCUUGGAAAAUCAGUCUUCAAAUUCGUAACAAAGACUAAAAAGAAGGUCAAAAUCGGGCAAUAUUACUAUCAGCUACUUCCCGAGUCGUCGCCUCUUCUGGGCAAGCACUUUCGGUCUUGUGCAGUCGUGGGGAAUUCUGGGAUUCUCCUGGACAGCCACUGUGGUCCUCAGAUCGACUCUGCGGACUUCGUGUUCAGAUCAAACCUUCCUGAUCUUGAGGGGUUCGAGAAUGACGUGGGGACAAAAUCUAAUUUCACCACCAUGAAUCUGCUUGGUCUUAAGAAGACCAACAUACAAGAGAAGUUUGUGAAUCGACUGCGUCUCAUUCACGACCAGAUUCUCCACAUCCCACCUAUGAUAUCGGUGAACACAGUCCCUGAAAUGCAGUUUAUUAACUUGAUGAUAGUGAAACAUCACUUACCAUUGAAGGUUACGUUUGCACCAACUAGUCUAAUGGCAAAGAUGACUGCGUUGUGGAAUGAUUCAGAACUCAAUCCGAAGCGGGCAUCGACAGGAAACUUGUUGUUCGCGCUGGCGGCCUGUCUGUGCGACCAGAUCCACUUGUACGGAUUUUACCCUGAAGAGUAUCGGGCGUUUCACCAGCGGAAGGCGCUGGUACUGCACACAGAGCCUUGUGAUGACAAUAGACUGUAGAUCUAUAGAAUAACAAAUGCAUUCAUGUUUGGU